AUGGGUAUUUCGAAACGUUCUUUGAAAGAGAUAUUGGAUUCUGAAUAUGUUGACGAAAGUGAUGAUGACGAUGUCAAAUUGAGUGAUAGAGCAGGUUGUGGCGAUGGUGAUGAUGAUGAUGAUGAUGAUGAGGUGGAAGUUGAUCCGUCACUUUGUGUAGAGUGCAAGGAUAUGAAGUGUGAAAUAAUCUGUAAAGAUUGUGAUGAAAGGUUUUGUGUGAUUUGUUUUGAGAUGAUUCAUAGGAAUGGUAAGAGAAAGAAACAUGAUUAUGUUAAAAUGAGUAUUGAUAGUGCUGGCGUUGGCAAUGGAAAUACAUCGGUAGCUUCUUCCAGUGAAGAAGUUCUACCCCAGACCGAAGAAGGGCAAAGGGCCAAACAAGAUGAUAUUAAUGGUGAGUUGAAAUCCGAUGCUGAUAAUGAACAAGGUAGGAAUUUAAAUGAUAAUGGGAAAACUCAAGAUAUUGAAGAGAAAAUAUUUUCAAUUUUACAAAAAAAUGCAGAAUAUGUGCCUAUGAGAUUGACUUACGAGGAGAGGCAUCUUUUAAGAUUACUUGAAGCUGCUCUUCAAGUUUCUGAGUACACUGAUCGUGUUGAUAUUCUUUCUUAUAAGUCUAAGAAUAGAAGAAUUGUAGAACAAUUGAAAGAAAUGUGCUCUGUUUUAUCAGGCUUGGUCAUUGCUUCUGACCUUCGUAUUGGUCAGAAAUUAUUAGAAAUGAAAAACUUUUCUGAUAAUGCAGCAUGGUUUCAAGAUAUUUUUGAAAUUGGGAGAAGAUACAAAAUUAUGAAUCCAGAAAGAAUGAGAGAUACAUAUGGUAAGUUGUGUUAUAUGGUCAUGGAUUCAAGGUUACCGGAUAUUACUGAGCAUAUGGAAUUCCACCUUUUUAAACCAAUCAAAACUGUAAAGCACUUUCUGAAUUCAAAACCUGACGAUAAAGGUAAAGCUAUGAGCAUGUUCCGUGAUAGGGACAUUAUUAAUGCAAUUAGUCACAUCUCUCCAGUUGGUAAAACAAGAUCAGAAAUCAACAGAAUGAUUAAGUUAAAGGAAUCUUCAAUUGAAAAAUUAGCUUCUAAAUACAGCAGCCGUCACUUUAGUAAAGAAGAUAUCCGCCAAGUAUUAUAUUCUAUUGGAGAUUAUAAUGCAUAUGUUGAUAUGAACAGGAGACCAAUAAAAAGAAUGUUGGAAAGAUUGGAAGUAUUCAAAAAUCCAGAAAUUGCAGCAAAAUACUCAAUUGGUAUUCAAUUUGGAAGGGAUGGUGCACGUCUAACCCAUGAUCAUGAAAGACAAUGGCAUUAUGUUCACCAAUCCCUUUCCUUAUGGUCAUUGAUUCAAAGAGAUAUGUGUAGACUAUGGUUUUUGGCAGAUACAGACUUAUUUGAUGGUUCUUACUAUAAAUUAGCCUCCACUGGCCAUGGUUUAAAUCGUAUCAAGGCUUGUCCUCUAAUCUAUCAGGAAAUGCAUAAAAUUAUAUCUGAAUGUAGACGUAAGUCCGAUACAUGGGUGGGUUCAUCAGUUGUUCAUCUUGGUGAUGAUGCUGUUCCAAAUGCACUAUUCUUUUUGGAUAAAUACACUCAAGUACCUAGCAUAUUAAUUCCAUUUGACACAACUUUAAUGAAAAUUAAUGAACUAGUUGGAAAGGAUUCCUACUUGUUAGAAUAUAUCGAGAAAGAAUAUGGUUCAGUAAAUGAUCUAAAAUUGACUAUUUUGCAAGAUGCCUUUGCUCACAUGUUUGAUGGUUCAGGUGCUGAUAACUUCUACAUGAGUGGCUCCUGUAUUGAUGGUAGAUUAACUUCAGCAUGGAACCAUUGUAAUGAGAUUUCAAAGAAAAAAUACUAUAAUAUUUUCUUAAUGACAUCAUUCUCAGGGUUUAAUGGUAGUGAAGGUUUCCCUAGUUAA